CCAGCGCUUGUUUGCUGCGGCAGGCAGAUACCUGCUGCCCUCGGCUCAGCCAGUAUCCGGUGCGGCAAGGAGGCCGCUUGCGCCCUUCCUGCCGCCAUAACACGAUGGUGCUAUCCCCUCCCAGCCAUUGCUCCUCCUCCUUGCUCUGUCCCAAGGCGCAGGACUGACAUCACACCCAGGAUUUCCAUCUGACUGAGGGGAAGAGGAGGACGUUGAGCGGAGCGGCAGCGUGAUGGCGAUGGUCGGGAGGACUUAAGAAGCGGCGGCACAGCACAGCCCCUACUGUGUUUUCCCAGGCUCCUCCCUGCUUGGAGGGGGGGGGGGGAGCGAGGGGUGGCUCUAUUGUUCGAACCGGUGGGGGCUGCGGGCGAGCCCACUGUGCAGGGCUGUGAGGAGCCGGCGGUCCAGGCCCUGCGGCGGUCACCGGAGCAGUCUUCGGCUAAAGGUUACAGCACAAACCUCUUUGUGGAGCAUAGCUCUGUCUUGCGCUAGGGAGGCUGGCACGAACACACACACGCAGGUAGGUAGAGGUCUGUCAUGGUUCCUUUCCCUCUCUCGUCUGGAGUUGUGCGGUAGCUUUCGAAGAUGGAUGGGGAGGUGGCUGGUACUGAGGACAGGGGGCUGGAUACCUACUGCGGAUCUGGGCUCCUGGGCCUGCUCGCUGUUAUCCGACGGGGGAGGGAGCUGUGAGAGCCGAGGCAGCUAAUUGGGGUUGAGGCUUUUUCACUGGUUCCUGUGGGGGGAGCCUGUGACGAACCGGCUGGUAGUGCGGCCUUCGCUCUUCUCCGCCCAUGGGGGGCGCUGGGGGAAGUGAGCAUGGAGGACUGCGGCGGCCUUGGUGACUCUACUAGGAGCAGCGCUUGCGCGGGGUGCACCACCAGCGGAGUGCUGUCUCUGGGGGUUGGAAGCGAACCCACGAGGGGUAAUUUUGGGAAAAAACUUGAAUGCAUGCAAAGAACGGUUGAAUAAACACAUCACCUGGAAAACACAGAGUACCAGGAAGUGGAUUCUUGACAUCCACCUUGUAACCUGAGUGACUUCUAUUUAUCUUUUAAACUUCUUAAUAUUUACAAUGAAUGGGCACAGUGAUGAAGAACGUGUAAGAAACAGUAGUGGAGAGUCAAGCCAGUCAGAUGAUGAUUCUGGGUCAACAUCGGCUUCUGGAUCUGGUUCAAGCUCUGGAAGCAGUAGUGAUGGAAGUAGCAGUCAGUCAGGUAGCAGUGAUUCUGAGUCUGGUUCAGAGUCCAGCAGUCAGUCAGAAUCAGAAUCUGACACAUCUGGAGAGAAGAAACAAGUUCAAGCUAAACCACCAAAAAUUGAUGGAUCUGAGGAUUUAUCGAGCAGUGAAGAUUCUGCAGGUGACUCAUCCAGUGAAACCAAAAAGAAAAGACAUAGAGAUGAAGACUGGCAAAUGUCUGGGUCAGGGUCAGUAUCGGGAACUGGUUCUGAUUCUGAAUCAGAGGAAGAUAGAGAGAAAAGCAGUUGUGAAGAGAGUGAAUCUGACUAUGAGCCAAAAAACAAGGUCAAAAGCCAGAAACCUCCAAGGAGAAUUAAGCCAAAAAAUGGUAAAAAGAAUGCAGGACAGAAAAAGAGGCAGCUUGAUUCAUCAGAUGAUGAUGAUGACGAUUAUGACAAGAGAGGAUCUCGUCGCCAGGCAACAGUCAAUGUUAGUUACAAAGAAGCUGAAGAAGCUAAGACAGAUUCUGAUGACUUGCUGGAAGUUUGUGGAGAAGAUGUCCUGCAGCCUGAAGAAGAUGAAUUUGAAACUAUAGAGAAGUUUAUGGAUAGUCGAAUUGGCCGAAAAGGAGCCACUGGUGCUGCAACCACUAUCUAUGCAGUCGAGGCAGAUGGUGACCCAAAUGCUGGUUUUGAAAAGUCAAAGGAGCCAGGAGAAGUUCAGUAUCUUAUUAAAUGGAAAGGUUGGUCACACAUACAUAAUACUUGGGAAACUGAGGAAACCCUGAAGCAACAAAAUGUUAAAGGAAUGAAGAAACUGGACAACUAUAAGAAAAAGUAUCAGGAAACAAAACGAUGGCUGAAAAAUGCUUCUCCAGAAGAUGUGGAAUAUUAUAACUGCCAGCAGGAACUUACAGAUGAUCUACAUAAACAAUAUCAAGUAGUGGAAAGGAUAAUUGCUCAUUCAAAUCAGAAAUCAGCAGCUGGUUAUCCAGAUUACUAUUGCAAAUGGCAGGGUCUGCCUUACUCAGAAUGUAGCUGGGAAGACGGUGCUCUCAUUGCCAAAAAAUUUCAGGCAUGUAUUGAUGAGUAUUUUAGCAGAAAUCAGUCCAAGACCACUCCAUUUAAGGACUGCAAGAUUCUUAAACAGAGGCCAAGGUUUGUUGCACUAAAGAAGCAGCCAUCUUAUAUUGGAGGACAUGAGAGUUUAGAGUUAAGAGAUUAUCAGUUAAAUGGACUGAAUUGGCUUGCUCACUCAUGGUGCAAAGGGAAUAGUUGUAUUCUUGCAGAUGAAAUGGGUUUGGGAAAAACAAUACAAACAAUUUCUUUUCUGAACUACCUGUUCCAUGAACAUCAACUGUAUGGGCCUUUUUUGCUGGUCGUGCCACUUUCUACCUUGACGUCUUGGCAAAGAGAGAUUCAAACUUGGGCUCCUCAGAUGAAUGCUGUGGUUUACUUAGGAGAUAUAACUAGCAGAAAUAUGAUAAGAACUCAUGAAUGGAUGCAUCCACAGACCAAACGAUUAAAAUUUAAUAUACUUCUAACAACUUAUGAAAUUUUGCUGAAGGAUAAGUCAUUCCUUGGUGGUCUGAAUUGGGUGUUUAUAGGGGUUGACGAAGCUCAUCGUUUAAAAAAUGAUGAUUCCCUUCUGUACAAGACUUUAAUAGACUUCAAGUCUAAUCAUCGUCUUCUUAUUACUGGAACCCCUCUGCAAAACUCCCUCAAAGAGCUUUGGUCUUUGCUGCACUUCAUCAUGCCAGAAAAGUUUUCUUCCUGGGAAGAUUUUGAAGAGGAACAUGGCAAAGGGAGAGAGUUUGGUUAUGCAAGUCUUCACAAAGAACUUGAACCGUUUCUACUCAGAAGAGUUAAAAAAGAUGUAGAAAAGUCUUUACCUGCUAAGGUUGAGCAAAUUUUGAGGAUGGAAAUGAGUGCAUUACAGAAGCAAUAUUACAAGUGGAUUUUAACCAGGAAUUAUAAAGCCCUGAGUAAAGGUUCAAAAGGCAGUACCUCAGGCUUUUUGAACAUCAUGAUGGAACUCAAGAAGUGUUGUAACCAUUGCUACCUCAUUAAACCACCAGAUGAUAAUGAAUUCUAUAAUAAACAGGAGGCCUUACAGCAUUUAAUACGAAGCAGUGGGAAACUAAUCCUUCUUGACAAGCUACUGAUUCGUCUACGAGAACGUGGCAACAGAGUACUGAUUUUCUCUCAGAUGGUGAGGAUGCUAGACAUCCUAGCAGAAUAUUUGAAGUAUCGUCAGUUUCCUUUUCAGAGACUUGAUGGAUCAAUAAAAGGGGAAUUGAGGAAACAAGCACUGGAUCAUUUUAAUGCAGAAGGAUCAGAGGAUUUCUGCUUUUUGCUGUCUACCAGAGCUGGAGGAUUAGGUAUAAACUUGGCAUCUGCUGACACUGUAGUUAUAUUUGAUUCUGACUGGAAUCCACAAAAUGAUCUGCAAGCGCAGGCUAGAGCUCAUAGGAUUGGACAGAAAAAACAGGUUAAUAUUUAUCGGCUAGUCACAAAAGGAUCAGUAGAAGAAGAUAUUCUUGAAAGAGCCAAGAAAAAGAUGGUGUUAGAUCACUUAGUGAUUCAGAGAAUGGACACUACAGGGAAAACUGUACUACAUACAGGCUCUACUCCUUCAAGCUCAACACCUUUUAAUAAGGAAGAGUUAUCAGCAAUUUUGAAGUUUGGUGCUGAGGAACUCUUCAAAGAACCUGAAGGGGAGGAAGAGGAGCCUCAGGAAAUGGAUAUAGAUGAAAUCCUGAAGAGGGCUGAAACUCGAGAAAAUGAGCCAGGCCCAUUAACUGUAGGAGAUGAGUUACUUUCUCAGUUCAAGGUAGCUAACUUUUCCAAUAUGGAUGAAGAUGACAUUGAAUUGGAACCAGAACAAAAUUUAAGAAGUUGGGAAGAAAUCAUUCCAGAAGUCCAGCGGCGACGAUUAGAAGAGGAAGAAAGACAAAAAGAACUUGAAGAAAUAUAUAUGCUCCCAAGGAUGAGGAACUGUGCAAAACAGAUUAGCUUUAAUGGAAAUGAAGGGAGAUGCAGUAGGAGCAGAAGAUAUUCUGGAUCUGAUAGUGACUCUGUCUCAGAAAGAAAACGACCAAAAAAACGUGGACGACCACGAACUAUUCCUCGAGAAAAUAUUAAAGGAUUUAGUGAUGCAGAGAUUAGACGAUUUAUCAAGAGUUACAAGAAAUUUGGUGGCCCACUUGAAAGGUUAGAUGCUAUAGCUAGAGAUGCUGAGCUAGUUGAUAAAUCGGAAACAGACCUUAGACGUCUGGGAGAACUUGUACAUAAUGGAUGCAUUAAGGCUUUAAGGGACAAUGCCUUUGGACAAGAAAGAUCAGGAGGUGGACUUGGGAAAGUUAAAGGCCCAACAUUCCGAAUAUCAGGAGUGCAGGUGAAUGCAAAGCUAGUCAUCUCCCAUGAAGAAGAGUUGGCACCAUUGCACAAAUCCAUUCCUUUAGAUCCAGAAGAAAGGAAAAGAUAUGUCAUCCCAUGCCACACCAAGGCAGCUCAUUUUGAUAUAGAUUGGGGUAAGGAAGAUGAUUCCAAUCUGUUAAUAGGUAUCUAUGAGUAUGGUUAUGGCAGCUGGGAAAUGAUAAAAAUGGAUCCUGAUCUCAGUUUGACGCAGAAGAUUUUACCUGAUGAUCCGGACAAGAAACCCCAGGCCAAGCAGUUACAGACCCGUGCAGACUACCUCAUUAAAUUACUGAAUAAAGACCUUGCAAGAAAGGAAGCACAGAGACUUGCUAGUGCAGGCAAUUCAAAGAGGAGGAAAACAAGAAGUAAGAAGAGUAAAGCAACAAAGGCUGCAAAACUAAAAGAAGAAAUAAAAAGUGAUUCCUCGUCACCACCCUCAGAAAAAUCUGGUGAAGAUAAUGAGUUAAACAUCUUUCAUAUGGAUGAGAUUGUUUCAGUGAAACAUCCGCGUAAAAAAGUAAAAGCAGAAAAAGAAAAUGAAGAAAAGCAUGAGCCAGAUAUUGGUAUAAAAAAGGAAGCUGAAGAAAAAAGAGAGACAAAAGAAAAGGAAAUUAAGAGGGAUUUGAAAAGGGAGAAAAAAGAAAAGGAGGAUAAGAAAGAAUUUAAAUAUAUUAAAGAAAAGAGAGAAAACAAAGUAAAGGAAUCCACACAGAAAGAAAAAGAAGUAAAGGAAGAGAAGGUAAAUGAAAUCAAAUCUGAAAAUAAAGAAAAAAAUAAAAAAGUUCCAUCGUUGGAUAUUCCAGUUCAUAUUACUGCAACUAGUGAACCAGUUCCUAUAUCUGAAGAAUCUGAAGAACUGGAUCAGAAGACAUUCAGUGUGUGCAAAGAAAGAAUGAGGCCUGUCAAAGCAGCAUUGAAACAACUGGAUCGACCAGAGAAAGGCCUUUCUGAAAGGGAACAGCUAGAACAUACUAGACAGUGCCUAAUCAAAAUUGGGGACCAUAUUACUGAAUGUCUAAAGGAGUACCCAAAUCCUGAACAAAUUAAACAAUGGAGAAAAAACUUGUGGAUUUUUGUCUCCAAGUUUACAGAAUUUGAUGCCAGAAAGCUGCACAAACUGUAUAAACAUGCAAUCAAAAAACGCCAAGAAUCUCAGCAACAUAAUGAUCAGAACAUUAGCAGCAAUGUGAAUACACAAGUAAUUAGAAAUCCAGAUGUUGAAAGAAUUAAAGAGAAUACAAACCAUGAUGACAGUAGCAGGGACAGUUAUUCUUCUGAUAGACAUUUGUCACAAUACCAUGAUCAUCAUAAGGACAGGCAUCAGGGAGCUGCUUAUAAGAAAACUGACUCUAGGAAAAGGCCGUAUUCAGCCUUCAGCAAUGGAAAAGAUCAUAGAGAGUGGGAUCACUACAAACAAGACAGCAGAUACUAUAGUGAUAGUAAACAUAGGAAGUUGGAUGACCACAUGAGCAGAGAUCACAGGUCAAACCUAGAAGGAAGUUUAAAAGAUAGUAGGCCUCAUUCAGAUCACCAUUCCCAUUCAGACCACAGGAUGCAUUCAGAUCCCUGUUCAAUUUCAGAGUACAGCCAUCAUAAAUCUUCCAGAGAUUAUAGGUACCACUCAGACUGGCAAAUGGACCACAGAGCUUCUGGUAGUGGCUCAAGGUCACCAUUAGAUCAGAAGUCUCCUUAUGGUUCAAGAUCUCCAUUUGAACACUCAUCAGAUCACAAAAAUACACCUGAACAUACAUGGAGUAGCCGAAAAACAUAACAAAGACUGACAUUUUCUGGACCUUCUUUUAGCCAUAUACAGUAAGCUAACACAGUAAUUGCCUUAUGUGACUUGAAAGACUGGAUAUUCUAUCAGUAACAGUAUUGUUACUUCUUCCCAGGAUGCAAGGUCUGUUAUCCCAACAAAAGAAAAAUAUUUUUGUAUUUAAAGUUUAUGCUGCACAGUGCUGCAAAUGUUGUGGCACUUUUUCUCUUUUUUUAUUUUUAUUUUUUAUUUUUUUUACAGGGACCUCAACACUAUCCCAUCAAGACUGGAUCUUAUAAAACUGUUUUUAGGCUGAACACAGUUUAAAUUGUUUAUAAAUGAAUUUUUAAACACUGACAUAUGGUCAUGUUUCAAGAAGGAAUGAGGAGUUUGCUUUGUUUUCUUAGUAAAGAAUUCUCACUUUCCAAAACUGUAUGUUUACAUUUUAAACUGCAACCACCUUGCCGCUUUUCAUAACAAGCUCGAAUAUUUAAAUUCUUUAUCUAUAACUGUAACAUAGCCAGGAUUUCUUCUGUGAUCAGUUGUAAUAAUGCCUUUUUACAAUAAAUAAAUGAAAAUAAAUCACUGCAAAUUAAUUAAAUUAACUUUUUUUUUUUCUCUUGUUCCUUUCCCCACCAGCUCAGGCCUUCUUGUCACAAGUAUGAAAAAAAAAGUCAGUGUGCUAAUUCUUUUUAAUAAAAUAUCUUGAUGAAAACACUGUUCAGAAUGUAGAAAUGGGGAAAGGGAACAUUUUUAUUCCUUUUGUGCCCCUUUUUUAUUUGAUAAUUCAGAUACAUGUUUUUUUGUUUGUUUGUUUGUUUGUUUCUAUUAAACUGUCAAUAUCGUGAUUUGUUGUAAUGAAAUGAUGAGAAAUAUUGAAUUAAAUUGUGUUCUGGAAAGUUUUUUUCCGAUCCAUUAGUUUUAAAGGAGGAGUGUUCAAUAUCUGAACACUUAAGAAUCAAAUUAGCCAAAAUUUAUUGUACAUCCAUUUGUUUUCCCUCUUAAAAUGGGCAAUAACAUCAAAUGUGCUAUGCAGCCAGAUAAUAUUUUAGAAGAUUUGAAUUACUUUAUUAAUAGAAUUGUUACAAUGCACACUGAUUGUACAUAGAUAACAUCUAUCUGACAAAUUAAAUUUAAACUAAAAGUGUG